AUGGCGGACAACCUGAAGAAGCUGGUCUCCAACGAGGCUUUACAAAUGUUGCAGGACAAGCUCAACAGCUGGGCGAGGGACUACAACAAGAAUUCAUGUGAUGAAAACCUGAGUAUUUGCCUUGAACUAAUUGAACAAGUUGCCAAACUGCAGGGACAACUCUUUACAAUUCUCACAUCAGCAGCCCAAGAAGGAGGACAUAAUGAGGGUGUGGAAAUAAUUAAGCAACGUCUUCUGCCUUGGCUCGAAGCUGCUUUUACUGCUGCAUCAAUGGGAAAAUCUCUUGAUGCUAAAGUCCCUUCUCUACAGAACACAUUUGAUAGGGAGAGAAAUAGAGACAAUGAUUUUCAGGAUCUAGACCUACAACAAUUAGACAAUGACUUGAAGGAAACCCGCGAACAACUCAACCAGGUUCAAGACGAGUUGUCUGAAACUGGAAAGCCUCUUGAAGAAUCCAGGAACAGAUCAGCUAUAUCUCUCUUGGCUGCAGAGGAGGAAAUAAAUCAACUAAAGAAGCAGCUUAAAACACUUCAAGCCCAGGAAGAUGCCCGCCACAGAAACUCAGAGCCUAGGCGUUCCGAACAGUACAGAUCAGAACGUAGUUCCAUCAAACGCAGCUCAGACCAGCGAAGUACAGACAAGCGGACCUCAGAGCCCCGUAGUUCAGAUCAGUCUGACCAUGAGAAACAGGUCCGAAACCUGAAGGAUGAGAUAGUGGUCCUGUCUUCUGAAAAGAAUGGAAGGUCCACCAGGAGCCGGACUCCUAGUCCCCGCAGCGGCAGCCGCCACCGCAGCCGCAGCCGCAGCUGCAGCUCGGACCGCGACCGCAGCCGCAGCCGCAGCCGCAGCCGGUCUGGCAGCCCCUCGGUUGCGAUUGCCAAGAUCAGAAGUCCAUCCCCGAACCGUUCCAAAAUGUCCAGUGUGGCACGCAAGGCCGCGCUGCUGUCUCGGUUCAGUGACGCCUACUCGCAGGCCCGCCUGGACGCGCAGUGCCUGCUGCGGCGAUGCAUCGACAAGGCGGAGACCGUGCAGAGGAUCAUCUACAUUGCCACCGUGGAAGCCUUCCAUGUGGCUAAAAUGGCAUUCAGACAUUUCAAGAUCCGAGUGAGGAAGUCACUGACGCCAUCCUAUGUAGGGUCAAGUGACUUUGAGAAUGCUGUCUCAGAGUAUAUCAUUUGUCACCUUGAUCUAUAUGAUUCCCAAAGUAGUGUUAAUGAUGUGAUCCGAGCCAUGAAUGUCAACCCUAAGAUCUCCUUCCCUCCUGAAGUUGACUUUUGCCUCCUCAGUGAAUUCAUCCAGGAGAUAUGCUGCAUCGCCUUUGCAAUGCAGUCUUUAGACCCACCCCUUGAUAUCGCAUUCGGGGCUGAUGGAGAAGUCUUUAAUGAUUGCAAGUACCGCCGAAGCUAUGACUCAGAUUUUGCUGCUCCCUUGGUCUUUUAUCAUGUGUGGCCGGCCCUCAUAGAGAACGACUGCGUCAUUAUGAAGGGAGAAGCUGUCACCAGGAGAGGGGCUUUUUGGAAUUCAAUGCGGUCUGUAAGUCGAUGUCGAAGCAGGAGUUUAAGUCCUAUCUACCCUCGUAGCCACAUUGGUUUAAGUACGAUAUCUCGAAGCCGGAGUCCUUCUCCAAUAAGAUGUUUGUUGCCAAGAUUUUAAAACCACCAGACAAGUUCCUUCGCCACAGUUCAGGGUAACAGCCAAGUUCUCCAGUGCCUUCACCUGCCUGCCUGCCUUGUCUGCCUCUGACCUCACUUAACAUGAUAUGAAAAGGCAAUUCUGUGUAUCACUCCACACAGAGAGUUUAUAUUUUGGCUUAGCACAUUUGUAACUUUAGGUACAUUGCACUUUAUUUACUUUCUAGGUACAAAUUCCAUUAAUUUCAUAAAAACGAUUGCAUAGGCAUUUAGGAUCAUAUUCAUUUAAAGCAAAGUCCAUUACAGAGGUUCAGGAUUUACAUUCUGAAAUAUGGAGCUCUUUUAUAACAACCCUAUGGACAAAAGUAGAAAGUCUGCUUAUUAUGCUCAGUCUAAAGGGAAGGCUCAGUCAUCUCAGUUUAUUAAUUAUAAAUUCUUUAAUUGUUGAUAACUUUUAACCUGAAACCACACUGGUUGUUUUAAUUAGCUUUUAACACUUGGAAGAUAGUGCCAGUCUCAGGCUGGAGAAUUUAGCGCAGUAGCAGUGAUUUGGGGUGAAAUGUAGAAGAUAAUAGCAUACAAUUAAUUGGUUUGCUUUUGUAUUCUUCCUUGGAGAAUGUUUCAUUUGGGUGUAGAGCUGAUUGUCAAAAUCACAAUCCAACUUUCAGUUCAGAUGAAUGAUUUGAAUGGAGGCCAACUUGAGAUCAAUAUUAAUCACCCUGUGUCUCCUAGGAAUUUUCUGUUUUAAUGAAUUUGUUAAAUAUAAGUAUAAAGUUAUCUGGGACCUGCCCUAUCUGCUUUACCUAGUUGUUUGCAAGUUCAGACCUCCUGUGAACUCUACCUGGCUAAAAUAUCUAAAUUCAAGGCCCCAUUUAUUGACUGAGUACUGAGUUUGUUUCUUUCUUAACUUUUUCAUCAUGAAGUACUCUUGAAAGUUGAAGAUCAAGAUAAAAAUGAACUGCUAUUGACUUGGGCUAAGUAAUGUUCUUCCUGUUUUUUUUUUUAAACAUUCAAGCCAACCUUGCAUAUGAGCUUCUCCAUAUAUCAUGAGCUCAUGCAGAGAUAUGAAUUUCUUCCUCCUCAUGUUUUUUUUUGUUAUUUCUUUGAAGCCAGGUAAUGUGUUGAAAGGAGCUCAGUAGCCUCUAGACCCCUUUAAUUAUUGGCUUGCUUUAAUGCCUUGAACAAGUUACUUCCUUCAUCUCUCUGAACUCGUCUCACUGUAGAAUGAGCAUGUUGGAUGAAAUUAGUACUUCCCUGAACCUUACCAGACUCAAUACAUAUAUUUAAAAAAAGAUAGAAAAGUGUAGAAAAAUAUGACAGAGACUACUAUCAACUCUCUAUAACAACUAUACAACUAUUCUUUUCAUGUAUAUCCUGAAAGGAAAGCAGAAAUUAAUAUGAAAUAUAUAUAUAUACACAUGUACUUUUAAUCCACACAUACAUUGUCCUAACUACCAAAUAAAGCAGAAGAAAAGGAAAGCAUUUUAGUAACAAUAAAAUAUAUUUCAAUAAAAAGCAAAGGUAUAGCCACCAUAGGAUAAAAAAAUAAAGGCAUUAGAUGACUGAUUUUAUGCAGGACUUGCAUGUGGUAUCAUCAGCUACAACUGCAUGUGAGUGUUUGAUGUACUGGUGGCAGAAGAUCACAUCUUGUCAUUGGAAAUGACUUUCUGAGGUGCUGAGCAACUCUUAGUAAUGUUUUUUACACAACCCUCUGCCCCCACCCCCGCCCCAGGUCUUGCCUUGAUUUACACAGCAAUUGCAUUCCUGGACAACUCAAUGUAUAUUAAAACCAUGCAAUAGUUACUUUGUGCUAUAUAUUAAAAGACUUUUCUAAACUCUUACAAAUUAAUGAAGCCAAACGUAUAAUUGAAUUUGGAAAAUGGUCACAUAUAGCUUAAUUGAGUGCUUCUCAGUCUUUAGCUAGCUCCUUGCCAUUUUUGUUUUAAACUGUAACUAUAGAGGAAAAGCUGGAAUAAAUUUUGGAAAGACCACUUGAAACUCAAGAAAGCUGGCUUGUGCUCAUUUUGCCUUAGAAACUUUGAAAAAAUGAAACAUUCUUAUUUUGUGCCCUGGGUUAGUUUGCAUAUUAGUAGUUUAAUCUCUAACAAUAAAAUCAAGAC